AUGGAAAACCAGGUAGUUCUGCUGCAAGGAUCAAUCAAACAGCCAAUCUUCAGUUGUAAGUUUAGUAAAGACAGGGUUUCUCAGAUGGAUUCACUGAGCACUUACUGGUCUGGUUCAAACGAUGCGUCUGACUUAAACGGUGGGAGGCGAGAGAGAAAAGGGUGGAAGGUGAAGAUACAUGAUCUAUCUGGCUCAGCUGUAGCUGCAGCCUUCAUAACAACUCCCUUUGUUCCAUCUUCAGGUUGUGAUUGGGUUGCCAGAUCCAACCCUGGAGCUUGGUUGAUUGUCCGUCCCGAUGUUGGUGGAUCCGAGAGCUGGCAGCCGUGGGGAAAACUCGAAGCAUGGCGCGAGCGCGGCAUUAAAGACACUGUAUGCUGCAAAUUUCAUCUUCUAUCCGAACCACAAGACGGAGGCAACUUUCUUAUGUCUGAAAUACAUAUAAAUGCCGAAAAGGGUGGUGAGUUUUUCAUAGAUACCGAAAAACACAUGAGAACUGUGACUUCUGCGGCAAGUCCAAUUCCUAGUCCACAAAGUAGCGGAGACUUUGGCGCACUUAGUCCAGUUGUUGGAGGUUUUGUCAUGAGCUGUAGAGUUCAAGGUGAAGGAAAGCGUAGCAAACCGUUAGUCCAGCUGGCAUUGCGACACGUGACAUGCGUGGAAGAUGCUGCAAUCUUCAUGGCGCUUGCAGCAGCCGUUGACCUCAGUAUCGAGGCGUGUAAACCUUUCCAAAGGAAGAUCCGAAGAGGGUUUCGAAACUCUAUGUGA